GGUUAAACGCUCCGGCUUCUAAAGCUAACAGGUUUAAAUCGUGACAAACCUGUGGUUUACUUUGCUUUUAAUUGCGCAAAAAUAGUAAUGGUGAGACCCCUCACCGACAUCCCGACGAAUGAUACUAUAAUAAUGAGUUGUUUAACUUUGUUUCGUCAACACGCCGUAAGGCCAAAUAUGAGCUGAUGUGUGAGGCUGGCCGGGAGGUGCGAGGCUAACGUUAGCAUCGAUCAGCUCCAGUCUAAAAUAGUUCCGCUGUCCCCUCAGCACAGCGGAUGUCGAGCCGCCACCUCCCGCCGGUCAGGAACCUGCCGCACUGGACAAGAGUCGGCUUUCUGGACAAAUCUGGCGUUUCAAAUUCACGACCACCGAAACCCCUGCAGCCCCUGAUCCGAGCAGACCCCGAGGCGGUGCGGGCGGCUGGGGGAGGCGGAGAGAGGGGCCGCUCCCCCGGGGUCAUGGUGGCGGUGCGGGCGGCCGGGGGAGGCGGAGAGAGGGGCCGCACCCCCGGGGACAGGGGCCGCUCCCCUGGGGACAUGGUGGCGAACACCCGCGUAGCGUCGCUCCAGAGGAACAUCACGUUCCUGCAGCAGCAACACGGGGAUACGCUCCACAAGCUGCAUUCUGAGAUAGACGACCUCAAGCGAGAGAAUAAAGAUUUGCAGUAUAAACUGAUAAUGGAUCCUCCAAAAUUAAGCCGAAAAAGUGCAGCCUCGACACACCCAAGUCAGCGGGGGCUCCGGCCCCCUACUCAGGGAGGUGACGCCAGCAGAGGGCUCUACCUGGAGCGGCCCCUGCAGGCGGCCCACUGCCCCUACCAGGACCCCCAGCACACAGCCAGCGCGGCCGUUCCUGAAGCCCGAGCAGCGGGGCCGGUGGAGCGCGGCCCGGGGUUGCUCGGGGGGCUCAUCACCUCCCUCCAGCCGCUGCGUAUCCAUAGCAGCCCGGUGCACCACCCCAGGGCCCCCACCCUGCCGGAGUGUGAGGUCAUCAUCAGACAGCUCUACAACACCAACAGUCUGCAGUCUCAAGAGAUUAUACGCAUUAAAGCCGUUCUGAGAGACAUCGUGUUCCACAAGAAGAUCAGCCCAGAGAACUACAUCCUGACCAAGGCCUUCCUUGGAGACGGGCCCCGCAAGACUUUGUCGACAGAGAGGUUUCCACCGCUCGCACAUAAACAGCUCCCAAAGAAAACCCCCAGGCCACCUCAGCCCAGGGAGGCGGACGCAGUGAUCCUCCCGGCGCUGAAGCAUCAGAGUCUGAGCUCCACCAUCCUAGAGAGACAAAGGAGGGGCCAGGCGGCGCAGAGGAGCCGCUUGAAACGGACCAUGCAGUGAGCAAGCUCCAGGUGUCUCAAAAUGUGUUCACGACUCCCACAGGCCCCCCUCAGGGCCCCCUAAAGGCCAUCCCACCAGACGAAGUACAAACAUCAAACAAGGAACUCAAAAUGAACUAUGGCAUGAAGCUGAGGUCAGACUAAAGCUCACAAAUGCAUCCUCAUGUAUGCAGCUCCAUGGUUUGAAACAUCCACUCGGUAGAAUAAACUUUAACAUGACUUUGA